GCUUGUUCUCUGUUGAGCCUUAUAUUCUUACUCCCCACACCGUCUCAUCUACCAAAACGACUUCUCUGAAACGACUUCUCUGAAACCCAUCUUCGCUUCCAUUAACGCCCCGCUCACCUUCUAUCUCCUCUUCAGGAAAAAUUUUUUGCUGAGGAACUGUGAUUCGGAAUGGGGAGAGGGAAGAUAGUGAUAAGGAGGAUAGACAAUUCGACGAGCAGGCAAGUGACGUUCUCGAAGAGAAGAAAUGGACUCUUGAAGAAGGCUAAGGAGCUUGCGAUCCUGUGUGACGCGGAAGUUGGAGUCAUAAUCUUCUCUAGCACUGGCAAGCUCUACGAUUUCGCCAGCACCAGCAUGAAAUCAGUAAUUGAAAGAUACAACAAAUCAAAAGAGGAACAACAUCAGAUGGGAAGCCCAAUGUCCGAAGUGAAGUUCUGGCAGAGGGAGGCAGCUAUGUUGAGGCAACAACUGCAAAACUUACAAGGAAAUCAUCGGCAAAUGAUGGGUGAAGAACUCUCUGGCUUGAGCAUAAAGGAGUUACAAAAUUUGGAAAGUCGACUGGAAAUGAGUCUCCGGGGUGUUCGUACGAAAAAGGACCAAAUCUUAAUGGAUGAAAUUCAGGAACUAAACAGAAAGGGAAACCUCAUUCACCAAGAAAAUGUGGAGCUCUAUAAGAAGGCUUAUGGAGCAGGGAACAUAAAUGGAGUAAACAGAGAUUACCUUAGAACUAAUGGGCUGGGUAUCGUAGAGGAAUCAAAUGUGCCUGUCCAUCUUCAGCUAAGUCAGCCACAGCAACAGAACUAUGAUACACAAGCAAGAGCUACAAAAUUAGGCAGACUACAAUUGCAUUAGUGAAGAAGCAGCACCUGCUGGGAAUGGAUGUUAUGCGAUGUUGAUGGCUUAUAGAAUUCAUAAUUAUGCUCCAAUUAAUGCUGUGUGGUGUGCUAGCCACUGAACAUUCAACAAAAAGACUUUGGUUUGACUUUGACGCGAUUAAUGCAAAAAAGUUAGCAUGUGUGAUAACAAAGGAA